AUGCGGUUCGGUGCAUACGCCACAGCUUUUAUCUCAGCAUGCAUGUUCAGUUCGUGUAUUGCUACGCCGGUCACCAACGAUGGCAAGUUAGAGCUGGGUGCAAGAAUAGACCCAAAGGUCGCAAGUAGACAGGAAAGGCAAAAGAACAAGUACUUUCACGAGCCUGGAGGAAAUCUGGAACUUGGCCAUUAUGAUGCACGUUACUUUCACGGCAUCGUUUCCGACGAGGAACGGACGGACACUCAGUUCCACAUGAUCCGUGCCUAUCUACAAUUCUUUCGCGACCAAGGGCUGGAUACCUGGAUCGCACAUGGCACACUCCUAGGGUGGUGGUGGAAUGGGAAGAGAUUACCCUGGGACUUCGACAUGGACACGCAAGUCUCCGGUGCGACCUUGCAAUAUCUUGGAGAGAACCAUAAUCAAUCCAGACACAAAUACACGUCAGAGGAUGGCAGCGUAAAGCGCGAAUAUCUUUUGGACGUGAAUCCUUGGAUAUGGGAGCGAACACGAGGGGAUGGCAUGAACAUCAUCGAUGCACGAUGGGUGGACGUCAGGAACGGACUGUUCAUCGACAUAACUGGGCUGAGUGAGACUCACCCGGACACCAAACCCGGUGUUUGGAGCUGCAAGAACUACCACCGCUACAAAACCUCCGAGCUGUUUCCUAUGCGGGAAACCAUCUUUGAGGGCGUACUUGCAAAGGUCCCGUACGCGUAUGAUAAGAUUUUGAUUGAUGAAUACAAGGAAAAGGCCUUGGUCGUUACGGAAUUCGAAAAUCAUAAAUGGGACAUGGAGAAAAAGGAGUGGCUCAAGACUCCUGAGCAAAUCGAAAAGGAGCGAAAAAAGGCCGAGGAGCAAGGACAAAGAUGA